AAGUUACCCAGCAGUUAGAACACCAUCUUCCUCGACUAUAUAAGUGUAAAAUUAGAGACUCUGAUCGGUGUCUCCUGCAUCCUACUUGUUACUCUUAGGUAGUACAACUGUGAGAGAGGGAGCUCGAGUAAAAAUGGCAGACAAACCAGAUAUCAGUGAGAUCUCUCACUUUGAUAAGUCCAAGCUGAAGAAGACUGAGACGCAGGAGAAAAACACGCUUCCCACCAAAGAGACCAUUGAACAGGAGAAGCAUGUUGAGGCAUAACCCAUCCAAUUUCACCAAGGGCAGAAUGAAAUGGAGACUCCCUCAACUUUAGGCCAAAUGUGGCUUCUUCCAACUACCAGUCACUAUGGCCAUAAAGUGGAAUCUGUCCCUCUUUAAUUUUUAAAUCUGAAGGGUAACCAAGCUUUUAGUAGCUGACUUGCCAAACAUUACCUGGUUAAUGACCAACAUCACUAUGGUAAAAUCAAGUGUCUGUGCAGAGACUGUUACAUGAUGUAUUCUAUGUAAACUUAGCCAAGGUGAAUUAUCUGCCCUUAUUUUGAACUUUGUGAAAUAAACUCAAAUGAAUGUC